AUGACGGUCAUGCUGGAAGCAGUUGCGUCGAAUGAUUUAUGGAUUUGGCAUGCGUACUUUGGUGCUCGCGGUUCAAACAACAACAUUAAUUUGCUACAUCAAUCACCGUUAUUCAUAACGAAAUACAUGGAACCACCCUACCGUAUCCGUUUGUGGUCAACGAGAGACAUUAUAGACACGACUUCUAUCUUAUUGAUGGGAUUUACUCGGCUUGGUCUGUUUUUUGUAAAAGCUAUUUCGUAUCCGACCGAAGCCAAAGAGAAAUUGUUCAAGAAGUUGUACGAAUCGACAAGAAAAGAUGAUGAACAAGCUUUAGCUGUUUUGAAAGGUAAAUGGGGUAUGCUUAAUAGACCAGUACAUGCAAUAAAGCAUUCGAAAAUAAAGAGCUUGGUGUAUGCAUGUAUCAUAUUGCACAAUAUGAUGAUAAAAGAUAAGGGGCAUACAAUAUCGCCAGACUAUGUGAUGGACCCUCCGACACAUGUAGCCACUUUCGACUGA